AGACCACAAACUAUAUAAAGAUGCUAAAACUUAACAAAAUAUCUGAUUUAAAUAUGUUGUUUGACAAUUUACCACUUGACUAUUUAUAAAUUAUAAAAAAUAAUGGACAACAUAACUGGUAAAAGAAUUACCUAUAAGCGAACACGACCAAAUCCUCUAUUUCAAGAGUGGCUUUCAGAACUGUACGAGGAAGCGAAUGUGAAAAAAAGUAAAUUGGAACCGAUGCUGAAGGAAGCUUUAGAUUCAAUAUCAAAAUAUCCUUUAACGCUUCAAACUGGAGCUGAAUGUGCUAUUCUUAAGGGGUUCGAUAAAAAGCUGUGUAGAUUCUUAGAUAGACGUUUGGAAGUUUAUCACUUUAAUAAUAGUCAAAAUGUGGAGGAUGUGCUUGUACCAACACAAAAUAUUCAAUUUGAACCGAAUACUAUUUCUAUCAAACAUAGUAGUACUUCUCCGUCAUUUAAUAUUGCUGAUAAUUAUAUCCCAAGUAGCAAUACAAAAUGUUCAGAAAAAAAUCCAGUUGAAAUGUGUCCAUUAAAUGAGUCGCUUUGUGAUAGAACAAAUAAAAAUUCACCAAAAAAGAUAACAAAAAAAUCUAAACGAAAGAUAUAUACACCAGCAUAUAGAUCUGGAGGUUAUGCCAUUUUGAUAACUUUAUUAGAGAAUAGUAAAGAAAAUCCAGACAAACCAUCACUAACAAAGGAGAUGUUAAUAGAUGGGGCCCAAAAACAUAGUGAAGAAUCAUUUACUAGACCAAAACCGGACACUUUCUAUACAGCUUGGUCAAACAUGAGCAGAUUAGUAAGUAAGGGGUAUGUGUUGAAAAUUAGAAAUAAAAAAGUAGAGUAUAUGUUGACUGAUGAAGGAAUAACAUUAGCUGAAGAGUUAAUGAGAGAUACAGCAACCAGACCUACACUUAAUGAUAUUAUAUUCAAUGAUAUUGUAAAUACUAACACAGAUGUUGAAAGUGUUAGUUUAGAUGGAAAUUUAGUAAAUAGUGUGUUGCCACAUGAUUUUCAGUCAAGUCAGAGACAAUUGAAAAAUUAUUCACCAGUUAGCAAUAAGGAAAUAAAUAAUUAUGUGAAUGUUGAGAUGGCACCUGGUUCAUUUGAUAUCAUAUUGUUGAUUGAUAAAAAUGAAACUGGAGGAUUGACAAAGAAGAAUGAUCCUACAGUGGCACAGUUCAAUAAAUAUCCAGAUCUAAAGCAUGAAUACAGAAGUUUGAAAGUUGGUGACUUUACAUGGAUAGCUAGAAGUAGUGUCAAUAGAGAACAAGAAUUAGUUCUUCCAUAUGUGAUAGAAAGAAAAAGAAUGGAUGAUCUUGGAGCUAGCAUCAAAGAUGGAAGGUUCCAUGAACAGAAAUUUAGAUUAAGAAAAUGUGGUUUAAAGAAUAUUAUUUAUAUGGUGGAAAAUUAUGGCAAAAACAAACAUGUAGGCCUACCAAUACAGUCUCUAAUGCAGGGUUUGUCUAAUACAAGGGUGCAGGAUGGCUUUAAAGUUCAUGUGACAGAUUCUCUAAGUAAUUCUGCUAGAUUCUUGGCUAUGAUGUCUAAAAGACUGACUAUAGAAUAUAAGAAUAAAUAUUUAAAAGGCUGUAAUAAAGAACCAGUAUGUGAAGAGUUGAUGACAUUUGAAUAUUUCAAUGUAACAUCAUCUAAAACGAAGCCACUUACUGUAAAGGAGACCUUUAUAAAAUUGUUAUUGCAAUUAAGAGGGGUAUCUGUUGAGAAAGCCUUAGCUAUAACUAAUGUAUACAACACACCUGCACUACUCAUUAAGGCUUAUCAGAACAGUGAUGAUAAGGAAGGAGAAUUCCUACUUGCUGACUUGAAAUAUGGUGAUCUAAGUCGAAAAGUGGGACCGCUAGUGAGCAAGUCCAUCUUUCAAUUGUUUUCUAAUAGAUUUAUGUUAUAGUUCCUCUCCUAUCUCGAUAUUUUUCUAUUUGUAUACUAGUGGCAUACAAAUAGAAGAAUAUCGU